AUGAGCGGCGAGAUACUCGUAUCGUAUUCGCAUAUUCUCUUGACAGUCUCUCAAAUACAACUACCUUCAGACACACAAAAAUACUUACUACUAUUUACUAGUGUGUGUAUAUAUAUAUAUAUAUAUGGCUCUCACAACGUCAUCCAUAAUGAAAUCGACUUGAAAUUUCUAUUGCAUUAAUUUUAACCUGAUUAAUUGAAAAGUCAAAGUGUUUAGUUUUUCCACAUUGAAAUGUCCGAAUAGGAAUAACCAAGGUGUGUGUUACAUUUAAUUAUUACAACCUGUUUAUAGCAUAGGAAUAAUUGCGGUUCAUUUGAUUAAUUCAAUUGUAUUCAAGACAUGAUGAAGAGUGGAGAGGUGUAUUGUUAUACUACAAAUGGGAGUAAUGAUAUACUAGAAAGAGGCAGUAGUAACAGUAGUAGUUUAGGGAAUGAGAUUGAAGAAAUUGAAGAGGAUCAUUAUGUUCCAGCUAGUGAAGUGUUGGAGAUCAAUAAUGAUGGAAAUAGAGGAGGAGGAGGACUAGCUACAAUUAAAGAAGGUCAUGAAGUUGAAGGGAGUUUAUAUUCUUUUGAUUUUCAUAAUAAUGGGAAUGCUGUUGUCUAUGUUGCUGUUGGGAAUAGUAGCAGUGGUAAUAAGAUUAGUAAGGAGUCAAGUAUGGAUGCUCUUGUUUGGACUCUCAAACAUGCUGUGGUGGAUCCUUCUAAUACCAUUGUUUUCCUCAUUCAUAUCUAUCCUGAAACUAAGUCAAUCCCUACUCCUUUGGGGUUGAUUCCAGUAGGUCAAGUGAGUGCAGAGCAAAAGGAGAACCACAUGGCUCAAGAAAGAGGCAAGAGGCGGCACUUCCUUCAGAAGUUUUUUGAUGCAUGCUCUGCUACAACGGUUAAAGUCGACACCAUACUGAUAGAGAGCGACACAGAAGCCAAAGCUAUAUUGGACCUUAUUCCCAUCUGCAACAUAAGAAGGCUGAUCUUGGGCACCUCUAAAGCAAAUCUCAAGAAACUAAAGUCGAAAAAAGGUGGUGGAACAGCGGAUCAGAUAUUACUAAAUGCACCUGAAUUCUGUGAGGUUAAGAUAAUAUGUGAAGGCAAGGAAAUGGUUGAGCUGCAGACGUUUGAAUCUCCUUCUCCCCAAGCCACUACUGUUAACAGUCCAAAGCGAAUUCAGAGUCACAGCCAAGUUCAAGAUCAAGCCCAGAAUGGAUCCUUCGGAUGUGGAUGCUUUAAAGCCAGAGUCAUGCCUAAAAUCUUCAACAAUCUGCAUUAGCAUCAACAUCCAAAAUUCAAGGCUGGAUGUCAAUUUCAAGUAUAACCCCUAAACCUGGCUAUCAUAUCAUACAAUAGAAUUUGCACGAAUGUCCGUAACUAUUGUAAAUCCUGAAACAAUUGAUAUACACACCAUUGAUGAUAUGUUCAAAAAGAUGUAAAGUUCUCUCUUUUUCUCUGA